UGAUCUCUAUUCCUCCUCUUUGUACUCGAUCGGCACUUCUAUAUAUAUGCACACCCCCUCUCGGGCAAAUGGUAUGCGAAGAAUCAAAGGAGCUGCAAAGGCACGCGCUUAAUUAGCUCAGCUUAACUGUCUCUGGCCCAGAGCACUACGAUCGACGCAGGCAGUACGGUACGGCAGCAAGCAAGAUGGCGGACUGCAUGCAGGAGUGGCCGGAGCCCGUGGUCCGCGUUCAGGCGGUCGCCGAGAGCGGCCUGGCCGCCAUCCCGUGCCGCUACGUCAAGCCGCCCCGCGACCGUCCAUCGGCCACGCCCACUCCCUCGGACAACGACGACGACGACAUCGCCAUUCCAGUCAUCGACCUCGGCGCGCUGCUCGCCGCCGACGAAGAAGGCCGCGUCACCAUGAGCAAGGCCGUGGCGGCGGCUUGCCGGGAGUGGGGGUUCUUCCAGGUGGUGAACCACGGGGUGCGGCCGGAGCUGAUGCGGGCGGCGCGGGAGGCGUGGCGGGGCUUCUUCCGCCUGCCGAUCCCGGCGAAGCAGCAGUACGCCAACCUGCCGCGGACGUACGAGGGGUACGGCAGCCGGGUCGGCGUCCAGAAGGGAGGGCCGCUCGACUGGGGGGACUACUACUUCCUCCACCUCGCGCCGGACGCCGCCAAGAGCCCGGACAAGUACUGGCCGACCAAUCCCGGCAUCUGCAAGGAGGUGUCGGAGGAGUACGGGAGGGAGGUGAUCGGGCUGUGCGAGAGGCUGAUGAAGGUGAUGUCGGCGAGCCUGGGGCUGGAUGAGACGCGGUUCCAGGAGGCGUUCGGCGGGUCGGAUUGCGGCGCGUGCCUGCGUGCGAACUACUACCCGCGGUGCCCGCAGCCGGACCUGACGCUGGGCCUCUCGGCGCACUCCGACCCGGGCGUGCUCACCGUCCUCCUCGCCGACGAGCAUGUCCGCGGGCUGCAGGUCCGGCGCCGCGGGGGCGUCGAUGGAGACUGGGUCACCGUGCAGCCCGUCCCUGACGCUUUCAUCGUCAACGUUGGCGACCAGAUCCAGAUAAUGAGCAACUCCGUGUACAAGAGCGUGGAGCACCGGGUGAUCGUGAACGCCAUGGAGGAGCGGAUCUCCCUCGCGCUCUUCUACAACCCGAGAGGCGACCUCCCGAUAGCGCCGGCGUCGGAGCUGGUCACGCGUGGCCGGCCGUCGCUCUACCCUCGGCCGAUGACCUUCGACGAGUACAGGGUCUACAUAAGGAAGAACGGGCCCAAGGGCAAGGCGCAGCUCGAGGGUCUCAAGGCCGCCCAAGCCGUCCCAGCUGAAAACGAGUUGAAUUAACCGCGUAAUACGCAUGUAUAUGUCUCUCCAUCCAGUUAAUGCAUUCUAAUUCGGAUCAUUGGAGGUAGAUUCCAGCUGCCUCACCAGCAGCGUGUAUGUAUAAUCUCAUGGGAAUAACUCAUGCAUGCAUGUACUUACGUACGUACGUACGUACGUACAAUUAAUGACUAUGGUACGAGGCCUGCUUAUUUUGUGCUAUAAUGGCUAAUUAAACUGCA